AUGCGCUUCUCACUCUUCAAGACCACCAUGUUCUUGGCAGCUGUUUCAUCUGCUGUCAUGGCGCAAACUCCGCCAAACUUUCAACCCUCUACCAAGAACAACCUCCAAGUAACGUUCGGAAGUCUCGAUGUCCUUCCCGGGAGAAAUCUUCAACUAUUAGGCCUCAGUGAUGCCCCUACUCUUGCUGUCAUGUCUCCGAAAGCACCUAUGCAUAUGGCUCUCAUGAUGGAUAUCAGCGUGGUCCUCAAACCAGGAGCAUCUCCAACAACCCUGAUUCAUUGGAUUAGGCCGUAUCUUUUGUCUGAGAACGGUUCCCUCAAAUCAACCAACAUUGCCGCUUUGGUACCGUACAUGCCUCCGGGCCCUCCGCCAGGUCAAACCCACAAUUACGUCGUACUCCUUUUUGAGCAGCCACCGAACUUCAAGGUCCCAGACAGCUACAAGACAUCUUUCGCCAACAUCACCACUAGCAUCAACAAUCGAAUUGGCUUCAAUCUCACCGACUUUACGGAAGCAACGGAGUUGAAGAAACCUGUUGCUGCGAACUGGUUCCGUGUUUCCACGCCAGCACAGUCUUCCAUCGCUGUGAAUCCAGCCACACCUAGUCCUACCUUUAGCCAAGGUACUUCGGCAUCGAACGCUUCCCAGGUAUCUGCAGUUGUGCAUAGGAUGGGUCUUGUUGUUUGGGUUCUUGCUACGAUUGGGCUUUGUGAUUAUGGGGGCAUGUUUUGGUCAGGUUAA